GCGGAAGUGCCAUCAAAGAAAAAAAAAAAACAAAAAACAAAAAAACGUCAACAAGCCAAACCUCCAGCCCCGACCUCCGCGAGCUGUCAUCAUCAUCAUCCUCAUCGGAGUGACAUAACGGACAAAAGAGGACACUUUAACCCCUACAAACAUAUUGAUCCCUCAGUUUAACAGGUAAAGCGUCGCAGAGAUGGCGCUGAUCGCGAAAAUGUUCGGAGGAGGCAAAGGAGGCAAAGGACCGAGCACUCAGGAGGCGAUACAGAAACUCCGGGACACCGAGGAGAUGCUCACCAAAAAGCAGGAAUUUCUGGAGAAGAAGAUCGAGCAGGAACUGGCGCUGGCGAAGAAGCAUGGGACGAAAAAUAAACGCGCGGCGAUCCAGGCCCUGAAGAGAAAGAAGCGAUAUGAGAAGCAGCUGGAGCAGAUCGACGGCACUCUGUCCACCAUUGAGUUCCAGCGUGACUCUCUGGAGAACGCCAACACCAACACAGAGGUGCUGAAGAACAUGGGCUACGCUGCCAAGGCCAUGAAGGCAGCGCACGACAUGGACAUCGAUAAAGUGGACGACCUGAUGGCGGACAUUUCAGAGCAGAGAGAACUAGCCCAGGAGAUCUCUGAGGCUAUCUCCAAACCUGUGUCAUAUGGGGAGGACUUUGAUGAGGAUGAGUUACUAGCUGAGUUGGACGAGCUCCAGCAGGAGGAAAUGGACAAAAACCUCCUGGAGAUCGGGGGUCCGGAGACGAGCCCUCUGCCCAACGUGCCUUCCACCUCCCUCCCAAACAGACCAGCCAAGAAAGACGAGGAUGAGGACGACAUGGAGGGUCUGCAGCGCUGGGCUCUGGAGGCCAUGUAACUCAGCCAACAUCAACACCACACUUUACUUUUCACACUCCCUGGUUGGACAUGGACAGCAGAUAUGACAUAGGUAGAGGUAAUUCCUGUUCUGUUACAUAGCAACCAUAAUGUUCACAAGGGCCAUAGCUCUAAAUUACAUAGCCGUUAUAAUUAGACUAAUAAAAAUAAUGAAAACACCUUUAUGUUGUUAAAUCAGUAUUAAAUCUUUCAGAAAACUGCCUUCCUUGGACGCAAAUAGUUUCUACAUUUUACAUGUUGAUGUGUUGAUGACAUUGGCCGUGUCCCAAUUCGCCAAACUGGCCUUAGAAUCACUGUUUGAAGUGUGCAUCGAAGGGCAGUUACGUAAUUUCCGGCACGACAAGGGCUGUCCCAUUUCAACGCACCCGACUGAAUGUGCCCGACAAACCUGCCCUUCCCUUUGCACCGUUUCCAUGGAGAUCGGAUGUAACCAAAGCGUGCAUCCAUGCACACUUCACACACUUCUAUAUCCCAUCAUGCACCGCGGCUACGCAAAAAAGAGAACAAAAUGGAGUCCGUUGCGCAAAACACGUUCAAAUGUGCGUACUGAUUUACCUCAUCUACAACAGAGCGACAUGAAACUGUUAAAUCUGAAUAAAGAUCUGUACAGUGUGUUUGAUGAUUAAAAAGGAGGAGAGUUAUAUGGAAUAAAGAAAUGUGGAGUUAUUGCUAGACAAUAAGAGACAUUAUUAUCAUUAGAAAUUAUUACUGCAAUAAGAAUAAUGUAAGAAUGUUCAUUUCUAUUGUGUCAAAGACCAAGAGACUGAAACAUAAAGUCAGAAGAGUUUAAUGAUCCACACAGGUAAUGUGAACAAUGAAGCAACGGACUCUCAGGAAAGGACAGAACAGACAGAACAGACAGAACAGAGUCCUGAGACGUGCACAAAAUCUUCACGUGUUCCAGUACAUUCCAUAGGUCCCCCCUGGUGGCACGUGUCAUUUACUUUCACGUUUGUAAAUCAAGAUACUAGCUUGAUGUAGCUGCACUGCUAGAAAAUACCUUAUAAUAAUAAUAUGAAAAGAACUGGCACGGCACAGAAGGGAAACAGCGCCCUCUACUGUUAUUAAAGUGGUGAAGCCACUGGACAAAAUACAGAACCAUUAAACUGCAAUAUCCCACUAUAUGUACAAAUAAUCAGUGUCUCUGGUUUAUAGACUAUGAAUGUGAAAAUGAUCCUGUUUCCUCUGUCUCUGUUAUUAUGUUUUCACAAGGUUUAUUUUGUUUAAGUUAUGAAGUAGCUACAACUGAGUAAAAAAAUCACCUUGAACGUUAUAUUUGCCUAAACCCCUAAACAGAAAGAAACGGCUGUGACGACGACAUCUUGACUUUUCUUCUAUUAAAUAAUAAAUAAUUAAAAAUAAUGUACGUAAUGUACGUAUCGUACGCUCAAAGACAGCGGUGGAAGUGCGGUCCGUGGUGUGGGCCUGUCCCACUUCAGCAAGAUGGAGGCUACACUGAGGAGGGCAGAUUCUCGACCGGAACCUUCAAACUACACUUUGAAGAGUACUUCGAAUGGACCCUUCAAAAGGUGCAUUUGGCGAAUUGGGACACGGCCAUAGGUAGAGAUAAUCCAUUUUAGAACUCACCGCUACAUCCUGUGUUUUUUGUACUUCUUAACAUUUUUCCACAAACUGCAACUUAACUGAUAUAAAACUAUGAUAUAUUUAGCACAGGUACUAUCCCACCAAACCAAGUCAUAAUUAGAAAACCAUGAAAACCUGUCCUAUGCACUUUAAGCACCUGCUGUGGUCUAAAGAUGGCAGCUUUUACUGACGUUAUAUGCGUCAAAGGAAAUAUGAAUUAGUAUUAUUAAUAUUCACUACUUGUGUAAUUUGUUGUUGGUUUUAUCUAGUUUUAUCCCUUCUUAGGACUGUCACCAGUGGUUCUUGAACACUCAUGUCUCUGUUCAUAAGAAUAUUCUGACUGUGAGCAAUGUGUAUAUGUACAAAAUGUACAUACACUGUUUUGAAUACUGCAAAUAAACAAUAUACAAUUUUACUGAUUACUUAAUACUUUCAAAUUCAAGUCUCUAUGUUCUACUUACUACUACUACUAUUACUACUACUACUGUUAAGACUAAAAUAGCUAAAAAAGUAUGCAUUUUAAUGUAAGCCUUUUGAUAAUUAUUUCAAAUUGGCAAAUCUUUUUCAAAAGGUGGACCAAAAGGCUAUUAAAUACUGUUUCUUACUAUUUGGCGAUCCCCUGGUCUAUUGGAUGACAUUAUCUGCUCUGUCCCUGCCCUGUUGUCCUGCCCAUGGGCAAGACACUCCUUUGUGCCUACUCCAUUCACAGUCACACUGUGGCUGGUUAUGAUGGAAGGGCAUCUGACAUACAAAAAUGUCAACUUGUCCCCAGACCACAGUUUGAGAACCACUGUCCAGCAUUUAUGUCCUUGUGUGAAUUCUGAGCAAAUGAAGCAUGUACUGGUGAAAUAAGCUAAACCCUUGAUUUGACCUACUGUUUGUGUUUUUAUUGUGUCUUCAUUUCAAACAUUCCUGAUGAUUUUGUGUAAAUAAAUCAAUAAAUCAAUAAUUAUUUUAUUUGAAUGAACCGUUGGCUGCAUGCAAAGACAGACAGUGAAACCUACCCUCGGGUCAAAUGCACAGUGAAAUAUGAAGCCAUUUUUAAUUUGUUAUGAAAAGUAUUACAUUUGUCACCUACAAAAACACUAAACCUUUGUUGUUAGUCUAAUAUAAUGGACACAUUUGUUUUAGUUUGUUAAAGCCAUAACAAUGUACGUCAAGGUUAAUGAACUGACUGAUGAGUAAGCAUGUUUACAUUUCUGUUUGAGAGAGUAUUUUCAAAAUCAUUAAAAUAAUUCAAUUGUU